CGAGGCUUUCACUCAUCUCUAAAAAGUUAAUGUUGAUAAGCAGAACGCGCAUUGAGAUAAUGCUAUUACAUUAGACAUUAUCCGGAAUUAAUAUUAAUAAAAACAGUUUAAACCUCAAAGCUAUGUCGACAACCGAAGAAUUCACAUUUCGCCGAGCUAAUGCUGAAGAUAUAAAGGAUGUGCUGGCCAUGAUACAGGAGCUAGCUGACUUUGAAAAAAUGAGCAAUGGUCCUCAGCUUACAGAAGAAGAUCUUAAGCGUGAUGCCGGACUAACUGGUGACCAGGAGUGCUGUGAAGUCUAUGUCCUCACAGAUAAUGCCACAAACCAGGCCAUUGGCUACUCCAUUUGCUACAAGGCUUACUCCACCUGGCAGGGUCGCUACUUCUUUGUCGAAGACAUUUACGUGCGCCCAGAGCACCGAAAGCGAGGCGCCGGCAAACGAAUCUUCCUGGAGGUGUCCGCCCGGGCCGUGGAGCUUAAGUGCCCGCGUCUUGAGUUCAAUGUGCUGGAGUGGAAUCCCGCUCGCAAGUUUUACGAAAGCCUUGGGGCAGUGGACUUGACCGCCAAGGAGGGCUGGCACUACUACCGCGUGGAGGAGCAACAACUGGCCAAAUUGGCCCAGGAUCUGGCUUCAUCCAAGUCUUGAU